GCACCAAAGCCAACAUUGAACGAUGCUAUUGUCGCGACGGACGGCAGAGUUUCUGCGGUUGAGGUUAAGAUAAAGAAACUUGAUGGAGAAUUGGCAAAAUAUAAAGAUCAAAUGAAAAAAAUGAGAGAGGGACCGGGAAAAAAUGCAGUUAAAAACAAAGCUCUGAGAGUUUUGAAGCAAAAAAAAAUGUAUGAGAGUCAACGCGACCAACUUCAACAACAAUCCUUCAAUAUGGAACAGGCAAGUUUUACGACCGAGAAUUUGCGAAAUGUGGCUACAACCGUUGAUGCAAUGCAAUUAGCAAAUAAAGAAAUGCAAAAACAAUAUAAGAAAAUUGACAUAAACAAAAUAGAGAGUGUUCAAGACGAUAUGGAAGAUUUGAUGGAACAAGCUAAUGAAAUACAAGAAACGCUCGGUAGAACAUAUGGACUUCCUGAGGAUAUUGAUGAAGAAGAAUUGGAAGCAGAAUUGGAGGCACUGGAUGAUGAAUUAAAUUUCGAAGAGGAAGAGGAGCCGUCAUAUUUACAGGAGACGCCAGAAUUACUAAAUUCGGGAGUGGAGUUUGAUGGAGUUAAUCCUUUGACAACACAAGAACCUGGUUUGUCAGAAAGACCAGUGAAAAAU